GGGAAAGGAAAACCCCAACCGCGAAGGCGGACGCGUGCGAGGGAAGCCACAAUGGCGCCGCGCCCGCGGCCGAAAACUCAAGCGCGCCCCCCAAAAUUUCGCUGCCGCCUCCUCGCCUUCCUUAAAACCGCCGCACUCCAAUUCCCGUCUCCCCCCCGCCGCGGCAUUAUCGCGCCCGAUUCCCUAACUACCCCACCGCGCCGCCGCGCCAUGCCGCCAUCCUUCGUCGUCCGCCGCAAGCGCUCCCGGUCCCCGCCGCGCGGCUUCGACUCCGCGCGCCGCACGCGCACGCGCCCGGUGCCGGAGACCGAGCGGGCGGGGGAGGACGGCAAGUCGGCGCCGGCGCUGCUGCCCGACGACAUGCUCCUGGAGGUGUUCAAGCGGCUUCCCCCGCCGCGCGACGUCGUGCGCUGCGCCGCGGUGUGCCGCCGCUGGCGCCGCCUCGUCGCCGGGGCGGGGGCGGCGUGCCUCCCCGCGCCGCCGCACCACUUCGGGUUCUUCCUCAACUACGGCCCGUCGCCGCUGCCCCCAUUCGUGCCCACGGCGGGCGUCGCCCUCGGCGUCGGCUCCCUCCCGGUGCCGCCCGCGUGCGGCGCCGUCCUCGCCGACUCCCGCGGCCGGCGUCUUCUUCUGCGGGAGCUCGGUCCCGCCUCCGCCCGCGAGCUCAGGCUUCUUGUCUGCAGUCCGCUCGAGAAGACGCACGUGCGGGUGCCGUCGCUCUACACCGCCGGGCACAGGGUGGCGUGCUCCGUGCUCGUCCCUGGGGAAGGCUCCGCGUUCCGCGUCGUCGUCGUCCUCUUCGGCGCCGACCCGAACCACUUCGAGGUGCUCGUCUACUCAUCGGCCUCCUCCUGUUGGGAGGCCGCCACCGGCCCGGUGAACCGGGAAGUGGUCGUCCGCCGCGGCCCGUCGGUGGUCAUCGGCGAUGUCGUGUACAAACUGCAGGUCGAAGACAAGUAUAUCAUGGUCGUCGAAGCGGUAAAGAUGAAGCUGUCGGCGGUGCCCCUUCCCAACACCGGGACUAAACUCUACGACGGCAACCACUGGAUCGGAAAGACGGCGGACGGCCGCCUCUGCUUCUUCGCGAUGCGGGAGCAGCUUACUCUCGUCAAGUGGGUUCUCGAAGCCCCUGGGAUGUGGGCGGAGCAGCAGCACGUCAACCUGCGCGCGUCGAUGCACCCGGCGUUGGUCGGCGACCUCGCCCAAAUGAAGCUCUCCGCGAAGAUGUCGGACCAGCUCCGCGGAUGCAAGCUCGUGAGCUUCGCCGCGUUCUGCGAGGCCACCGGCACCCUGUUCUUCGUCAUGGCCGACUGGGUCGUGGCGCUCGACCGCACGACGGGAAGGCUGCAACGGCUGUGGCGCAACGCCGACGUGUCGCGGCCGCUGGGCGAUGUGUACCCGUGCGAGAUGCUGCAAUGGCCGCCGGUGCUGAAGGAUCUCGGCGAGGCCCAUGACCAUAAGGCGGGAGGUGUUUGCUGAAAUGUGGAUUGAUUCGAUGUUGGGGUUAUCUUUUGCUUGUUAAUUGGUAGAUGCAAUUAAAAUUCUGGAUUGUUAUGUAUGAUGCGUUACCGAUUGUUGAAUAAAUUAUGGAAUUGGGGGCA